AUUUAUGCUAAAAAUAGGAACUGGGAAUCGCAACACAACACACGUGUUCGGCUAAAAGAUCUGUCAUGGCUGGAAUUCCCGGAUCCGAAUCCGACGAAAAUAAGGAACAGUCUACUCAGGAAAAGCCAGAAAAUGAAUGUGCUUCAGGCAGCAAAGCCGCAGUGUCAUUGAACGGCGACGUUGAAGUUGUAAGAAUGAAUGGAGAAACAUCACACAUGAAUGGCAGCAUGGAAUCUGCAGAUACAACAGUAACGAAUGGAGAGAAAGAAGAAAAGACGGAGAAUAAUGGAGAGAAGGAAAGUGAGGAAAACAAGGAACAAGAAGUGCUGUUGAUACAGGAUACAGGAUUUAAUGUUACUAUUAUGUGCCCAGGAGUCGAGGAAUUUGAACUACCGGUGAGUUCUAUGGAACUGGUUCAAGAGAUACAUCAAGUUUUGAUGGAUCGGGAAGAUACAUGUCACAGGACGUGUUUUUCCCUCCAGCUUGACGGACAGACACUUGACAACUUUGCUGAAUUAAAGAGCAUUGAAGGAUUGAAAGAGGGCUCUGUAAUAAAAGUUGUUGAAGAACCCUACACAAUUCGUGAAGCACGUAUACACCUCAGACAUAUUCGGGACUUGCUGAAGUCGGUAGAUCCAGGAGAUGCUUAUGCUGGUGUUGACUGUAACUCUGUGUCCUUCCUCAACAUUAUAACUGCAGGAGACAUUCUAGAGAAGAAAGCUCACAAACAGGAUUCUCUGGACUGUACUCCACCAGACUGUAUCAUGCCGGGCAGUAAGGAGAGGCCAUUGCUACCUCUGCACCCAAAUAUUAAGGAAUUAAAGACUCCCCCGUGUUUAAAAGUACUCACACUCAGUGGUUGGAACCCACCACCUGGCAACAGAAAAAUGCAUGGUGAUCUUAUAUAUCUGUAUGCUGUAACACUAGAAGACAAGAAAUACCAUAUCACAGCUUCAACUAGAGGAUUCUUUGUCAACCAAUGUACAGAGGAUGUUUUCAAUCCAAGAGCUGCAGCACAAAAAUUCCUUUCACAUACACUGAUAGAACUGCUUAAUCAAUUAAGUCUUUCUUUCAAAAGGAACUUCUCAAUGUUGUUGAAGAAACGUGGACAGAAGCACCCGUUUGAACGUGUACCUACACCAUAUCAGGUGUACACAUGGAUGGCUCCAAUACAGGAACACACUGUAGACUACAUUAGGGCAGAGGAUGCUUUUUCUACACGCCUUGGAUAUGAGGAACAUAUUCCUGGUCAAACAAGAGAUUGGAAUGAAGAGAUUCAGACCACAAGAGAACUUCCUCGUAAAGCCCUGCCAGAAAGGCUCAUCAGGGAGAGAGCUAUAUUCAAAGUACACAGUGAUUUUGUUGCUGCAGCAACCAGAGGUGCACAGUCUGUCAUAGAUGGUAAUGUGAUGGCCAUUAAUCCUGGAGAUGAGGCCAAGAAUCAGAUGUUUAUCUGGAACAACAUAUUCUUUAGUCUUGGCUUUGAUGUGAGAGAUCAUUAUAAAGAUUUUGGUGGAGAUUACGCUGCUUAUGCUGCACCAGGCAAUGAUUUGCAGGGUGUAAGAGCAUAUUUCAACACAGAUAUCGAGGGAAUGUACACCCUCGGUACAGUGGUAGUAGAUUAUAGAGGGUACAGGAUCACUGCACAGUCAAUUAUACCAGGUAUAUUGGAGAGGGAACAAGAGCAGUCAGUUGUGUAUGGUUCUAUAGACUUCGGGAAAACAGUUGUCACAAAUGAUAAAUACAAGGAAUUGUUACAAAAGUCAGCUAGUCAGUUAAAGAUCAGACCACACAAGGUGCUAAAUGAGAAAGGCGAAGAAGUAGAAUUGUAUUCAUCAAUAGAAUGUAAGGGAAUUGUGGGAAAUGAUCAGAGACAUUACGUACUAGAUCUGCUGAGGACGUUCCCACCGGAUGUUAACUAUUCCGAAAUUUCAGCAGAUGAAUUAUCAAAUGAUAUGAAAAACCAUGGUUACCCUCUCAAACACAGACACAAGUUGUGCUGUCUUAGACAGGAGUUGGUUGAUGCAUUUGUAGAAAAUCGUUAUGUAGCAUUUGUACGUACAGCAGCAUAUCAUUUUCAACAAAUGCAGUUGCAUAAAAAGGCAUCUCAGGAUUUAGAAGGGAAAGAAUCAAAACUUAAGGCAAUCACUGCAACAAAAACAAUUGUUCCUGGUGAGAAGGAGAAAUCAGAUGACAAAGAUUCUGCAGAGGCUGAGACAGAGGAGGCCAAGAAAAUUGUAGAGGCUCUCACUGGAAAGGAGAAUGAAACCGUAGAAGAAAGCAGUAAAGAUAUUGUUAGAAAAGCGGCAAAGGCUGUUGGAUCUCUCAGUGAAACUGAAUUCAGCCUAACUUUCAACCCAGACGUCUUUCAAGAGCAUGUUAAACAUGCUGACCCAGAGUGUACGAUGUUACAGAAGGAGAAACAAGCUGUGAAGGAAGCUGCCGAGUUCCUGGUACUUCAUCAAAUACCUACACUUGUAAAUGAUUGCCUAGAUCACUCGUCUUCCCCAAUAGAUGGUGCUACAUUGACGGAAGCAAUGCACACGCGUGGUGUAAACAUGCGUUACCUAGGCAAGCUGGCUGAGACUGUAUCAAAAUACAAAUCUGUGUCGUAUAUCUAUACAAUCUGUAUUGCGGAGAUGAUCACGCGAGCAGCGAAACAUUUAUACAAAAUACACAUGCAGGGGAUAGAUCAGAUGACUCUGUCAGCUGCCAUAAGUCAUUUCCUUAAUUGUCUGGUCGGCUCAUUCCCAACACCAAACCCCGGAGUGUCUGUAGAUGAGGGUAAAGGCACAAGAAAGAAGAACAAGCGACGUAACAAGGGCAUAGCAAUCAGUAUUGAUAACACAGAGUGGGUGAAUGAAACGCCAAAAACACUGUGGAAAAAAAUCAUUGAUGAAGUAGAUGAGUACUUUCACUACACUUUGGAAUGUGAUUCCAUUGACACUGCUGUAGAGAAGUAUGGUAUACAGAGAGUGUCACUCCUGCGUUCAUUCUGUCAGACUGUUGGUAUUCAGAUCCUGUUGCGAGAGUACAAUCUGGAGAUAAGAAGCCGGUCAAUCUUUGCUGAAGAUGAUAUUGUUAAUGUCUUUCCUAUUGUUAAACAUAUACAUCCCAGGGCGUCGGAUGCAUAUCACUUUUUCUCAAGCGGUCAAGCUAAAAUCCAGCAAGGUUCACUUAAAGAGGGUUAUGACCUGAUCUGUGAAGCCCUCAACCUUCUCAACAACGUGUAUGGGGCCAUGCAUCCAGAGAUUGCUGCCUGUCUGCGUCUCCUUGCAAGACUGAACUAUAUUAUGGGGGAUUACACGGAGGCGAUGAGCUACCAGCAGAGAGCUGUGUUGAUGAGUGAACGAGUGUUGGGUGUUGAUCAUCCAAAUACAGUUACAGAAUAUGCUCACCUUGCAUUGUAUUGUUUUGCCAACAAUCAAGUAUCUAGUGCUCUACGUUUGAUGUACAGAACACGAUACCUGGCUCUACUUUGUCAUGGAGAAAAUCAUCCAGAAAUUGGUCUUAUUGAUAGUAAUAUAGGUCUGAUCUUACAUGCAGUGGAGGAAUAUGAUCGUUCCCUCACCUUCCUGGAGCAUGCAUUACAGCUGUAUCAGAGAUUUUAUGGUUCAAAGAGUUUGAAAGUUGCCAUGAGUUACCAUCUUGUUGCUAGGACACAUUCAUGUCGUGGAGAUUUCAGGGCGGCACUAUCCAGUGAGAAGGAAGCAUAUACUAUCUACAGACAAAUGCUUGGAGAGGAGCAUGAAAGAACAAAGGAGAGUGGAGAAUGCCUCAAGCAUCUUACACAACAAGCUGUCGUCUUUCAGAAGAAAAUGAAUGAAAUAGUGAAGGGAGAAAAGGUCACAUCCCUGGCUGGCCUACAGAUUCAAACUCCGUCCAUGCACAGUGUGUUAGAGAUGUUAAAUGUGAUCAAUGGCAUAGUUUUUGUACAAAUAAGUCCUGAUGAAAUUGAGAGACUGAGAAAAGAAAUAGGCAAAAAACAGGAACAAAAACAAGGUGAGAAAGAUGUGGAAAGUAAAUCAAGUGAUAGUGGAAAUGAAUCAGACAAUAUCAGCUCACCAGAGAAAGAUGAUCUUGCCAAACCAGAGAAACAAUUAAUAAAUGGAGAUGUUCAUCAUGUGGAGGAAAUUGCUGUCGGACAUUGAAAUACGUGCUGUAAAGAAUGUGUUGACUACAUUAUGUAGCAAAGUCGAGUGAUUUGAUAGGUGGGGAAGUAUUUAAAGUAUUGGAAAAAUUUUGACAAAUGUGUCAUCAGUGCAGUUUCCAGGACAGAAGUGUGAAUUAUUAUAAUCUUUUCCUUGAAGAUUGAGGCAGCACCAAGAAAGAAUGAUUAAUGUGCAUCAAGAUAUUUUUUGAUCUUAUUUCAGACCUUUUUCCCAUGCAGGCUGGUCUGUAAAAAGGAGAGACAGAAAAGUUCAAAUAUCUGGAUUAAAAAGAUAAACUGUUCUACAGAAUAAAUAUGUAGAAGAAUUGAAGAAAAAUAAUGUAGAAUGUUAUAUCGGUGUUAUUUGAGCUUCAGAACCAAUGUGUAAACCAGUUCAGUGUUUGAAUGAUGUUUGUUUCUUUUUUUUCCGUAAAAAGUUGUAUGAAAUUAUGCAUGGUGAAUUUAAAGAUAUGAUUCAUGCACCAGAAAACUAUAAAAUUGUCCUAUAUAGAUUUCUGCUAAAAUUAUUGGUAUGCUUAAAAGGAGAACAGAGCUUUGGGUAUUGAAUAUGUAGGGAAACUACUUUUGAAGUACUUAUAUUAUGUUUAUAUUAUGUCUCCACAAAAGGCUCUGAACUAUUCUGUGAAGAUUUUUUAUUUUCAUUAAGACCAUUUGAUUUUAGGUUUGUUACUUAGAAUAUGUGUUUGGUGUUGUAUUUGAAGUGUCAUUUCAUUAGGACAUACUGUUUGGUAUCCAUUUAUUGCGUUGAGAGAAUGUACAUUAUUGGCCACAGAAGAAAGAUUUUUGUUAUUGUAUUUCAUUAUUUCACAUAUAUGUCUAUGGCUGGGUGAUUAAAAUCUUGACACUGAAUCACUUGUCCUUUAGAGUUCUUGCCAAACAAUGGACAAAUUCUUUCAUUUAUGUAAGCUGUCUCGCUGGUUUCUGAAAGGUGAAUGGGUCUGCCCUAGUAGUAAGAUCCUAUAGUGUAAGAAAUAAUGCCAGUGUGGACACUCCACCUUUAAAAUGACUUAAACCUUGUUGUCAAUGUUAUUCAUUUAAAUAGACAAGAAAAGGAAAAAAGAAACAUGUCUUCUGAAGGGAGGUAACUGUGUCUAGAUUUGUUGUUCUUAAUAUUAAUUUCAGGCAAAGAACUUUGAAGUGAAACCCAAUUGAGCCUGAAAAACACAGAGACCAUUUUUUAUGUGGCUGUUUUAAUUGUAGUUACAUGUAUUGCAUGUACAUUUUGAUUUAAGGAAAAGGUUUUUGUGUCUGCAGAUUAUUUCAGUGAACCUAGAGCUAGUGUAGUGUGUAGUGCUUAUUUACUGAAAAUAGUUUGUAAAUAUCAGAACGAAGCACAAGCUAAAUAGAAAAUAUAACAGAUCAUAAAUUUUUCAUAGAGCACUCCUAAUUAGUUGUCCAAACCAAGUAUGUGUAUAUAUUUCUGUAUAUAGAGCAUUCCAUUUUUGUGUUGUCAGGGUUAUAAUGUAAGUUUUAUCACCCAAGUUUCAUGUUGUAGUGUUGAUAACUACACAUGUAGACCUUGUGUAAAAUUUGCCUUCAUGUACAAUGGCAAUAAGAGAAAAGAAGUACUGGGUGGAGUGAUUUAAUUUGAAGUAGUGCUUGCAUGAUAAAUUGUGUAAUAUUUAUUAUUCAUAACUAUGGUGUUAUUAUAUAAAAAAUGUUUUUGUUUUAAGAAGUGACACUUAAAGGAGAUUGUUCAUAUUGAAUUUACAUUUAGUAAUGAAAAAUACACAGGAGUCAUUGUAUUUAAUAGAGAAAAUUAUGAGAAGAGUUUUGAGUUUUCGAGUUUUCUUCUGGAACAAAUAUAUGAACUGAGCUUGGAUAGGAGGCUUGCAUUUCUACAGUACACAGUAAAUUUAGACUGCAAGUUAAUGCUUGAAAAUAUAUUUUUUAUUCUGGGGAAAUUUCAUGUUUUUUUAUUCUGGCCUAUUGAUGUUCAAUAUAAAACGAGAUGAUAUGCUACUUUUCAAGUUGAUUAUUCUGCCCAGUAUGCAUAAAAUUUAAAAAAAAAAAAUAAUAAAGAAAAACACCAAAAAAAAUUAAAAAGAAUGCUAUUUCAAAUACAUGAAGUAGCUAAAAUGUAUGCAAAUAAUUAUUUACAUCAUGUAACAUGAGUUUACAUGUAAAAAAAACAAAAACAACUGUAGUGCUAUAGUAUGUUGUCAUAGGAACUUUCCAUUAUUUUGUUCAGAAUGUCUUCUGCUGAUGUCAAUGAACUCGGAAGUCAUUGCUUGUUAUCAUUUCACAUAUUUUCUACUUAAUUUCUAUGUGUGUAUAUAAUAAACAAAGAUUAUAUGAACAACAGUUGUAUAUAGAUGUUUUACAAAGUACCCAUUUAGUUGUAGCUCAAUAUAGAAUUGCUGUGAUACGUAAUCCUGAUCCUCAUAUACCAGGGCCAGAAUCUAUCAACAUUUUAAAUCAGAAAGUUUUAACACUUCAACAUGCUAGAAUUACAGUUUAUUAUAGAGUAACUUCAGAGUGCUCCAUACAUACACAGAUUCAUAUGCAACAAAGUUUUAUGUGCAGACAGAAAAUGUUAUGUCUUCUUUUUGUGCUGUCAUUGAUUGAUAUGCAUAGAUUGUAAUGAAACUUUGCAAGAAUGUUUGUAGCAAAAUUUCAUGAGUUAAACAUUGAUGAAUAUGUUUCCAUGGCAACAAGAUGUUUACAACAAACAUAAGUCUUCCAAGUGUAGAUUCUAUUGAAGUAUUUGAUUUUAAAUGAAACUAUAGAGAUGUUGAUAAAUGGUUGAUCAACAUUCAUUUCAUGUUUAUGUAGAUUUUUGAAAUAAAACCAGUUUCAGUAAGUCACAGCAUUUUAUUGUGCACAUGUAAAUUUCUGGCUUAAAAUUUAUUUAUUUAUUUUAUUUUAUUUGGGUUUUACGGCGCACCAACACAGUAUAGGUUAUAUGGCGCCCUGGUUUAAAAUGUUGAUGGAUACAGGCCCACUAGUCUGUAUAAAAAAUGUAAAUCUGAAUAUCAGUGUAACAAAGUCUAUUAAUGUUAUAAUCGUGUAGUAUAGAAGUCAGAUUACAAUGUAAGUAGAUAUUGGUAGGAAAUGAAAUUGUGCUAAAUUGUAUUAUAUUCAGAAUGGUGUUUGAAUUAUCCUCGAAUAUUGUAACAUUGCAUUUUAGAUAAGAAUGAAAUGUGAUUAUCAAAGACACCAAAUGUAAAGACCUGUGAAAUUUGAAUGGUUGGUUUGUUUAGUGUGUAAAUGAAGGAAAACCUUUAUUGUAGUUUCUGUUUGAAUAUUUUAAAUCUUGUUGAAGUCUAAAAUUGGAAUUUCUUGGUGAAAAGACUGCACUAUUAACCUGCACUAAAUACUGUCAGGUCAUGUAUAUUCCAAGUGGGGGCUGGAUUCCAUUCGUCAGUUCAAAAAUAAGGUAAGUCCUAAUGAACGAAUGAAAGUUCAUAAUAAUUGAAUUUAUGCCCCCCCCCCCAAACCCCACAACCCCACCCCACAAAUUAAUUAUUUAGGCAUGAACCACUCGGUUAUAUGUCCACACAAGUUAGCUGGUAAGGCCUGAACCACUAAGUUAUAUGUGUACACAUGUUAGCUGAUUAGGCACGAGCCACUAACUUUCAUGUCCACAAAUGUUGGCUGCUUUGACAUAAACCACAAUUUUAAGUCUCCACAUAUCAGGUUUUUAGGCACAACAAAGUUUUAUUCCAACAAAAUUCCCUGGUUUUAAAGUGAGCAUGAAAAAACCAAUUAUUCCAACAAAGCAGUAGACGGGCAGAUCGAUCUAAUUGUAACUUACAGAGAAACACAAAUGAUUUUUGUUUUAGUUUCAAACUAUCACAAUUUGAAUACAGUUGUCUUUAUUAUUACCAAAUGUUCUUUAUUUGACAGUUUAUUUUUGAAAGUUUUUAUUGUUUCUUUUCUAUAUAUUCACUGUUAAACCAUUUUUAUCAGUAAUACAUGUAUAUAUUUAACUUAAAUACAUGUAGUACUUAUUUGAUAUAUUGACAUUUCAAAUUAUUUUUAGGAAUGCUGACAUUUUAUAUGAUGAAAUUUAUUUGUUUCUCUAUUUUAAUAUAUUAGAUUGACUGAGAAAUUGAACUUUAGAAAAGACUUCUGUGUAUAUACAGUGUAUUGUACUGAUGUGAGAUGAAAAAAUAGGAGUAACUUGUGCCAAAUAGAAGUACAUUGGCUUUGUUAUCUAUAAAGAUUUUUUUUUUUAAAUUACAUUCUACUUAAAAAGCAUAGGGAGUGCCUGCAGAGUAUAGUCAAGUCUUCAUUAAGCAGCCAGCCAAGAGAAUGACUGGCUGUUUAAGACAGUUGGCUGCAUAAGUUAAGAUCAGAAUAAUAAAACAGUUUUAAGAGUAAGCUAACUGGCUGCUUUGAGGCUAGUGGCUGUUAAAUAAUAGCUGUAGCAGGUUUAGUUGUAUUUUGGUUCAGAAUUUGUCACAUAUUUUGUUUGGUUUGAAAUGUGUAAUUAGAUAGGGCCAUAUAUUAUUGCAUUAGGUUGUAGAGUUUUGAUUUAUGAAAAUUUGAAAUUUAUUAUUGGUAAAAUAUAGUAAAAAGUGUUGAUGAAGUUGGGGUUUUUGUUUGAAAUGAAUAUGUACAUCUAGCCAAAAGUUGUUUUUGUAGCAACAGUUGAUCUUUUUUAUGUAUGAAAUAUGCCAAGGUCCAGCUGCACAAAGGUUUUACUGUUAGUCAGUUUGGAAUUAUUUUGUUGAUUUGUAAAGGACCAUUUUGCUGGUGUUAUUAUUUUUGUAAUUACUACACAUAGCGGGUAUUACAUAUAGCAAGGUUAAACUACCAUUAUUUUAUAUAUAGAAGGCAAUGGAUUUUGGGAACCUGCAAAAAGUGGUAUAGAUAAAAAAAAUUGUUAAAUAAAAAAGGACUCCAAAUUCGUAAUAUUUGAUGAUUUCUGUAUUUUACUCCAAUUUUCUACUUGCCCAAAGUUUGGAUGAUAUUUUCAAAAUGUUUAUUUCCACCAAGUUUGGCAGUGAAUGUAUAUACAUUUUGUAAUAUUAUAAUAUUGUAUAAAAGGUAAAAUAAGUGAAAAUAAAUGGUAAUUAUUUGUAAAAUGCAGAAAGACUGUGGUUGAUUUUUUCCAUUAUUUAAGAUGUUGCAAUCGUUAAAUCCAUUCUGCACAAUGUUUCUGGUUAUUUAUAAAGAUAUCUUGCAAGUCAUGUAUAAGUAAUUUUGUAACCUUUGUCAUUUACAUAGAACCCAGGUCUGAAAGAGUCUCUUUAAUAUAGAUUUCUAGAUACAGUUUAAAAUGAACGAAGUUAAUGAAAAAUCAGUUCUGUGUUACGGUAUUUCAUGCCUGGUACACAUGUAUAAUAUGAUUCAGAACGAAAUAAUAUACGUGAUGUUUCCAAUAUAUUCCUAUUAUAUGUGCAUGUAAAUUUUAUGUAGCAGAUCUUUUUUUAUAAUAAAAGUUGCCUGGUAGCCUGUACUGGUAACUGUUACUGAAUUUGCAAAUAAAAAUUUUGUCUGUUA